GGCAAGGUUGAGGACAGGGAUAGGUUCCAUCUUUCUCUCCCCCGGUUAUCGUCUCACGUACGCAAUUCCGAGGCGAAGUCACGCAGUUUUCCGCACUCGUGUCUUGUAACAUAAAACAAUCAUGGCCCCACCGUCGUACAGUGAUUUGGGCAAAAGUGCUCGUGACCUGUUCUCCAGCGGGUACCACUUCGGUUUAAUCAAAUUAGACGUUAAAACGAAAACUAAAUCCGGUCUAGAGUUCUCCAGCGGCGGCGUUUCCAAUCAGGACACCGGCAAGGUUUUCGGUACGUUGGAGACUAAAUACAACAUCGACGAGUACGGAUUGAAAUUCAGUGAAAAGUGGAACACUGAUAACACCCUCGCCACCGAUGUCACCUUCUCCGAUAAACUGCUGAAAGGUCUCACCCUUGGUUAUGGGUGCACGUUCUCUCCACAAACUGGGACCAAAACUGGAAAACUGAAGACAGCUUUUAAACAUGAUAAUUUAUCUGCUACUGCCGACUUCGAUCUCAGUCUAUCCGCCGGUCCGUUGAUUAACGCGUCGGCUGUUAUAGGACAUCAAGGGUGGCUGGCUGGUUACCAGGCCUGCUUCGACACGCAAAGAAACAAACUUACAAAAAAUAAUUUCGCCCUCGGUUACACCGGCUCCGACUUCACCCUUCACGCCGCGGUGAACAACGGGUGUGAGUUCAGCGGCCUGAUUUAUCAUAAAGUGAAGUCAGACUUGCAAGGGGCGAUCAAUCUCGAGUGGAACUCUAGCAACAAUAUAACACAGUUCGGUAUCGCUACUAAAUACAAUCUCGAUCAGGACGCGUCUGUGAGAGCUAAGGUCAACUCGAAUCUCCAAGUAGGCUUGGGAUAUCAGCAAAAGUUGCGCGACGGUGUGACUUUGACGCUCUCGACGAACAUCGACGGGAAGAACUUCGGCUCUGGUGGGCACAAGAUCGGCAUCGCACUAGACCUACAAGCUUAAGUACGUACGAUUUGCGGACACGGAAGAACUCGACUGAAUCGAAAGGUCUUAAGGUCAUGUUUUGCGUGAUCAAGGGCAGUGUCACGGUACAUGCUUCAGAUAAAAGUAUUGCCUAUAACAUAUAGAUAGGUUUAUCCCGAAAUAGAUGCCACAAGGUACCGUGCGUCGUUUAAAAAUAGUCCAAGGGAUGUUAGUUUGAAAUAUACACGAAUAUAAAAUGAAAAUGGUAACAGUAUCUUAUCGUGAGUAAACAAAGUUUACUAAUUCUUCAAAACGAAAUAGAGAACCGUUCUAUUUUCUCUCUGUACCACGCAGUCUGUUACCAGUUCCUGUCGAUGAUAAAGCAGUGUAAUUAAAACGAUCGGCUAAAGUCAGUCGAAAAGAAAGUUUGGUGUACACGGUAAGAUCUGUGAUUGAUUUCGAGAUACGAACACACACAGUACACUGCACAUAAGUUCUCGUAGCUACACGAAACCAUCGUUUAACGUUAGAAUUUAUUGUAAAGAACGUCUACGUAAUAUAUUAUACUAAAUAAAAAGCUACAUACAGGGAUUUGGGAUUAAAUGGUAUGGAAUAUAUAUAUAUAUCGAGUACGUGUCAGCUGUUAAUUCUUAAAGCGAAACAACGUUCAUUCCUGCCUGCAUAAUUAAUGUGAAACAGUACUACUGCCAGUGCGGCUAUUUUAGGAUUCAAACCUAUUGUCAAAUAUAUGUUCGAUUACUAUGGUAGAUAGUAUUCAGACGGUCAAAAGUCUGGCGUAUAUUAAAACGGGGAUGUGUGACAUCGUUUUUAAAAUAUUAUUACAGAUAAUUUUAGUUGUAUAAAUAAUUCCACGGUCUUGUUCUCUGUAGCGAGCUUGUAAGACGUUUGUACUCAUACGAUUUUAUUCUCCUAUAUACGCCGACUGUUGUUAAACAAACACUCUUCAAUUAAGCUUCGAUCAUCAUCAGUUCGUACAAUAAAAAAACGAAAGUUAAAUUUA